UGCACCGCUUUUCUUAAGUCUGCCACGAAUUAACAUCGAAUACAAAAACAGAUCUUCGAACCAGACGUAAAAUCGGCAAAACCUUUUCCAAUCUAGGUGUUCUUCGAUUCCUAAAAUAACUUGGCGCUCUUCCUUGUUGAUGGUGGCGUAAUGGUGGUCCAAUUAAUUCAGUUGUACACCUCAACGAGCAUGGACGGAAAUAGCAAAAGUGUUUCCGAUAAGUUAUUUUUUUCGGUGAUUUUCUAGUUCCACAUGAGUAUGGAAACCGGUUCCCAAGAGCUCGCCUCUCGUGGAAUUCUCGGCGGGUGUUUUCAUUCGGCGGUGUUGACAGGGAAGUACAUCCAGCUGUCUUCUGGUGGGAUAGUUAUCAUAGGAGUUUCAUUGCAGUAUUGUCGGAAUUAAUUAUGUUCACAUGCUAUAACAAUGACAUGAAAAUUUCAAAAAGGAUCUGAGACUAUGGAAUCAACUGAAGAAGUCGAAUCUGUGUGAACUUAUUACUCAAAAGAUUGCCCAUCUCUGCUGGAGAAAAAUGUGAAACGACCUCGACAAAUUUCUUUGAAAAAAAAUUAAAGAUUCUUUUUCUUAUCAUAUCACGGAUCUUUCAAAUGAGGUGUUAUUUCCAAAUAACUGUAUUAAGUAAUCCAUUAUACCUUUCUUCAACAUAAUUCCAAAAUUUGCAAUGUGAUAAAAUCCACCAAAGAUUUACAUCAUAAUUUAGUUUGUAGAGUAAACCGAAACAGAAUUUUAGUCACAAUGAAGUUUAAUAUCUCAUUAGCUUAUAUUUUAUUAACAACAUUCUUUAAGCAGAAUGUUCUGGGAGAACGGCGACCAUUUUAUAUCAUAGCACACAUGGUGAACGAACUACGUCAAGUGGAACAUUAUUUAGACCGUGGUGCCAAUGCGCUGGAAUCGGACGUACAAUUCCAUUCAGAUGGAAAAGUUAAGGAAAUAUAUCACGGAUUCCCAUGCGACUGUUUCAGAACGUGUCAUAAAAGUGCCAAAUUGUCAGACUACUUGACUCACGUGAGAGAAGUCACAGAUCCCAAUAAACCUAAUUCAUACUACGAAAGAAUGGUUCUACAGUUCCUGGAUUUGAAACUGAGUUCUUCUAAUAACAAAGAAGAAUCCGGCCGUGAUUUAGCUAGACACGUUUUGGAUUAUCUGUGGUCUAAAGAUAGAAAUCGGAAACAAGAGGUUAAAGUGGUCGUGUAUGCUGAUGAUUCCGGCGCAAAGGAUGUCUUUGCCGGAUUUUUGAAAGAAUUUCGAGAUCGUGGAGAAGAGGGUCGCCUGAAGGAUGUGGGAUUCGACGGCGGGAUGGGCAAUCUCUACCAAAUACGUGACAUGUUCAAAGAGCUCGGAGUCGGGAAUGUUUGGCAAGGAGAUGGAAGGACGAACUGCGUCAGUGCUUUCUAUCCUGAUGGACGCCUCAGGAGGGCGGUUGUCAUCAGAGAUUCCAAGAGUAGUUUCAUCAAUAAGGUGUACCAUUGGACCAUUGAUUUAAAAUUGAGGAUGAGGUUAUCUCUAAACCUUGGAGUGGACGGCAUGAUUACCAAUGAUCCAGAAGAUUUGUUGGAUGUAAUCCAAGAAUCGUACUAUGCACAGUCUUACAGACUGGCCACAGUGGACGAUAAUCCUUUCGAAAAAUUUGAAGACAACUGAAUUCCUUACCCAGUGGUUGAACCACAUCUCAGGGGAAUUUUUCUAGAGUUCUGCCGUGCAGAUUCUCAUCGAAUAUACUUGGUGUGUUAUAGAAAGAACGCUGUUAAGGUACACAAUCACAAAAAAAUACUCAGUCAUAAAAUUGCAAGUAUGAUGAUUGUUUCAAGUUUAAGUGUUAUUGGUGUUAAAGGUUGUAGCAGCAAAAUGGGCGAUUUCAUAACUCUGGAAAUAAUAGAUUCAAAGAAGAGGAAAGAAAAGAGAGUGAUAUGUCGUGGAAAAUAAAAGAUUGCCACUUAUUGUGAUAUCGGUGUUUAGCGCAAUGUUAGUUGAGAUGCCUUCAUAGAUUGGUCACUGUAAAGUAAACAAAAAAAACAAAAAAAAAACAAUAACAGUUAAAAAAACAAAACAAUAACAGUUAUAAAACCGUGCAUCUCGUAUCGUCAUUUACAUUUUACUCAUAAGAUCAAAAUGUAAAUAUUGUAUAGCUCUGACGAGCUGGCGGCUGACAUCUGACUUCAGACAGACGAGUUCAUGUGCUGAGAGCGAGAAAGGUAUGAAAAUGAAAACAUUAUGAAGAAAUAAUAGGGUUGUAAUAAUCUUGCUGUUCUUAUCAUCUCGUACCGGCCUUUACAUUUUACUCACAAGAUCAAAAUGUGAAUAUAGUAUAGCUCUGACGAGUUGGCGGUUGACAUCUGAUGUCAGAUACGUGAGUUCAUUUGGUAAAAGAGAGAAAGGCAUGAAAAUUUAUAAAAAUGUGGAGAAAUAAUAAGGUUGUAAUAACCUUACUGCCCUUAUCAUCUCGUACCGGCCUUUACAUUUUACUCACAAGAUCAAAAUGGGAAUAUAGCGAAGCUCUGACGAAUUAGCGACUGACAUCUGACCUUAGACAGAUGAGUUCAUUUGCUGAGAGGGAGAAAGGUACGAAAGUUGAAGCAUGAUGGAGAAAUAAUAAGGUUGUAAUAAUCUCAUCGUCCUUAUCAGUACCUUACACUCUCUAAGUACGUUGUGUUAAUAUGGCAGAUAAAUGGUUGUAAUAAAUAUUAAUUUGGUGUUUUAAACGAAUGAAAAACAGCAAAAUUUGAUACAUAUAAUUUAUUAAAACACAUUCCCUUGAUAACACGAAAUUCUUACCUCAUGUUCGCCAAUUCGUCAGAAUCAAGUUAAAAAUAGCUUUGAGUGAAAUAGUUAUACUAAGAAGUGGAGAUUUGGAGCCGAAAGAAAAAGGUGACUUAAUGAAUAAAAAAUUGAAUAAACAGGAAAUGCAAUUUUUUAGUGGACAUGUGCCGUUAGGUGCAAAAUAUACAAUGAGCGCCAUUUUUCGAAGUAUUUCUUAACAUUGUACUUCCAUAUAAUAUUUGCUUCGAAUAGUGUUCCUGAAAUCGUCCGUUUUGCUGCGAUGCUCAAUAUUUCCAGACUGCGCCUAGCUCAAAAUACACGAUUUUUUUAAAGUAUCAAAACGCUGUGUGAUCAAAGAUGUUUCUCACGCUCAAGAACAAUAAUGGAUUGUAGAGAAUGAAUUUUUACCUCGCCUUUAUUUAUUGAAUAUCAUUUAUUUUGAUUUGCGAUAGAAAAAUAUAGAGAGGAAAUUGUCAAAGAAUAUUGAAUUUAAUGCAAAUUGUUUUGCAAAAAUAAAGGAAAAUUCUUCAUAAAAAGAUUCUAUUUUAAUGCUAAUAAAGGAUAAAUGUUUUGUAUUGCAUCAUUAUCAACAAUUUAUCAAUACAAUAACAAAUGUUACAGUUAAUUACGUUUGCAAAUCCUAUGAUUGUGAUUAUUUUGUCAUGAUUUUUAU